UCCACAUGAAAACACUGAACAAGUUGCUGAGACAGCCUGGAGCCUGGAUUUCUGCCCUAUGAAUAUGGCUCGCUCUGCCUCUACAGUCCUGAGAACCUUUCUGAGCAGACUUCAUGGUCCUAUGUGCCCUAGGAGUUAUGCAUCAACACAAACACCAGUUAAGAGCUACUCGAGGGGCUUCACUACUUCUGCAAGAUGCCAAGAUUCUGGAAAUUCAGAAGAAAACUUGACGGUUAAUUUUAUCAACCGUGAUGGUGAAACUCUGACAGCCACAGCUAAAGAUGGGGAGAGUCUACUGGACGUGGUGAUCCGGCACCACCUGAAUAUUGACGGCUUUGGUGCCUGUGAGGGGACUUUAGCUUGUUCCACUUGUCACCUAAUAUUUGAUCAGAAGGUUUUUGACCAGCUCGAUUCUGUUACAGAUGAAGAGAUGGACAUGUUGGAUUUGGCUUUUGGUUUGACCAACACAUCCCGCCUUGGAUGCCAAAUUUGCAUGACAAAAUCCAUUGACGGAAUGACAGUUCGAGUGCCAAGAGAUGUAUCUGAUGCCAGAAGAGACCAAGUUGAAAAACAGAGCAAACAAUAACUAAUAGGAAAAUAUUUGACAUUGCGCACAAUUAUAUAUAUUCAUUUCCUUUCCUAAGAGUUCUUUCUGAAGAGUUCUUCCUUAAAGUACAACUGUCACCUAAAAUAGUUUUGUGAAGCUGCACACACAGUGCACUAGGACUUCACAAGCCUAUUCUAGCCAUACCUGUAAUCAUAAUGCAGGCUGCUGUUUACUCACAAAAAGGCAUUUGUAAUACCUCCAGGAGUCGGCCAAUAAGUAGGAGAGGCGGGGCCUAGGAUCCACUAUGCUCCAGGGCAAACGAAUUGAUAAAAGCACGGUAGUUUAUUCUACCAUUAUGCAACGCGUUUCACUGCAACAGCAGCUUCAUCAGGCAUCCUGCCUGAUGAAGCUGCUGUUGCAGUGAAAUGCGUUGCAUGAUGGGAGAAUAAACUACCGUACUUUUAUCCAUUUGUUUGCAUCACUUGUGUCCAGCGCCACGCACAGACCGGUGUUCCUCUUUGAAGCUAUCCACUCGAUCUCCAUGGUCAGAAACUAGCACCCUUUCAAUGCUCGCAAACUUCUGCUGCUUCUCAGUGAUCAGUCGCAGAGCAGCCUUCCCUGUCUGGAUCGAAUUGAAGUUCUCUCUGAUUCUCAUAAACAACUGUCUCUUGGUCUCACCAAGAUAGUAAAAUCCACAGGGACUUUCUCUACAAUAUACCUUUGACCUCCUAGUAAGAUUUAUUUUGCUCUUAAAUUGUGAUAUAUAAAAAGAAAAAAUUAUUACAGUUAUAAUUUCUAAUAGCUAUUUAAUCAUGUUGUUUUUUAUUUUUAUUUUUUUAUCCUCUUUUUCGCAUUCAAUUGGUCAUCAAACAUUCUGUUUUUUUUAUAUGUAAUGCCAGGUUUUCUCUUUACUUCUGACUUAUGUACCAGUAUCUUCUUUAUAUAUUUAUAUAUAUAUUUUGUGCCUGUCAAUAAGUCUUUUCUAUCUCUUUUACUUGCUUUUUCUAUCACAUACUCUGGGUACCCACUGCCCAACAAUCUGUUUUAAUUAUAAAGCCUGUUUUACAUACAUUUCAUUGCUCUUAUUAAUUCUCUUAAGCCGAAUGAACUCGCUAUACACUAAGCCUCUUCUGAAGUGCUCUGGGAGCAGAGAAUUAUGUAUGAUUUUUUUCUAUAGUCUUAGAAUUUCCUAUUGUAAUCCUUACAUCAAGAAAAUGUAACUUAUUAGUUCUGAAAGUAGCAAAAAAGUAGUAAAAGACAUAUGCAUUAGUGUUAGUAGAAUUCAUAUAUGACACCAAAGUGAAGAAUAAUUCCUCCAUACCUUCCUGUAAUUCCAGCAUGUCAUCCAUAUACCUAUAAUAUCCUUUAUAUGCCUGAUAAAAAGGUUUUAAAAGGACAACACAUAUUUCAUUUCUAUAAUGGCCAUGUACAUCGAUCUUUAAGUGUAAAUGUGUUAUGUGUCAGAAAAAAGUAUAGUGCUUUACACGUAAACUCAGUAAAUUCUGUAUAUUUCUCCAGAAAAUCUCAAUCUGUCCGUACACCAGAUAUCAAUCUGUUUAUGCUAAUCCUAGAAAGGGAGUAUGUGUUUUCCUCUCAAAACCAUUUUAUUAGCCAUAUAAAAGCAUAUUAUUUGGUAUAUGGAUGACAUUCUGAAAUUAUGGGAAAGUAUGGAGCAAUCAUAUCGGAAUUCUACUAACACUUUACAUAUAUUUUGUAUUGCUACUUUUAGAGUUAAUCAGCUAGAAUUUCUAGAUUUAAGGAUUACAAUAGGAAAUUCUAAUAUAGUUAAACAAGGCUGUAGAAAAAAGAGUGCAAGUAAUUCUCUGCUCCACUAUGAGAGUACAUACAUGGUCAAAAGAGGCUUAAUGUAUAGCCAGUUCAUACGGCUUAAGGGAAUUAUUAACAAUAAUGGAAUUGAUGUAAAGCAGGCUUUAGAAUUAAAACAGAUUGUUGGUACCCAGAGUUCAUGAUAGAGAAAACCUAUAAGAAAGCAAGUAAAAAAAGAUAGAUAAGACUUUCUGAUGGUCACAAGGCGAUGAUUUGUGUUCUCAUUUGACAAGACUCCAAUAAACAAGCCAGUAAAUACAGUACAGUAAUAUAGAAGUACUUGAUACAUGAUUGAAAAUGACUCAGAAAUAAAGAGAAAACCUGUGAUUACAUAUAAAAAAAAAGAACGAUAGGUGACCAAUUGAAUGCAAAAAGGAGAAAUAGUAGGAAAAGAAAACAACUUGGUUAAAUAACACCUUACCUAUUGGGAAUUAUAAGAAUAAUAAGUGUUUGUUUUUUCUAAUCACAAUUUAAGAGAAAAAUAAAUCUUACUAGGAGAUCAAAGGCAUUUUACUAUAUUGGUAAGACCAAGAGUCAGUUGUUGAAAGAGCACUUCAAUUCGAUCUGGACAGAAAAGGGUGCUCCGCAGCUGAUCAGAGCACCAAGCAGAGAACAGCACCAAGGAAAUAUGGAAGCAGCUGAAGUUUUCAAGCAUUAAAAGGGUGCUAGAUCCUGACAAUGGGAGAGAUCGCCACCAUUGUUAUAGCGGGAGGCUAGACUGCUAAUGAAAUGUAAUUCUCUAGGUCCCUAAGGAUUAAACAAUAAGAACGACCUUUAUGCUUUCCUCUAAGGUCCGGUUCACACAGCUGUAAAUGUGUGGAAUGACCGCCCGAAAAACAUGGGCGGACAUUCCAUACAUUUGAACGAUCCGGCAGGCGCUAGUACCACUUGAAAAUGUGCCGGAAUUUGGAUUUCUGCCAUGUACACACCCUGCUACAGCGGAGUGUCCGUGGAAAAUAUAUUCCUAACGUUAUAUACCGUAUAUACAGCUGUGUGCUAGGGAAGUAUGAAUAGAGUUUGGGAGCUGAGCUUACGUUAUACCCCGUAUCAGAUGAUCUCAUCUGGAAACCUUUUUUUUUUUUU